AUGAUGGCUAAGAUUGUUGUUCUCACUGCAAUGAUUAUGCUCACUGCUGCUUAUAAGGAAUUCAUACUGAAGGAAAAUAAAACACCGAAAGAGAUUCGAAUUUCCCAUACAAACUCAUUUAACGGCACUUGUAGUGAAUGUAAAAUGCUUAUUAACCGUUUUGCGGAAGCAAUCAAAAAUCCAAAAAAGAUAGCUGAACUGAAAGAUUUAUUGCGCAUACUUUGCCAUGAGACAUCAUAUGAAGACGAAUGUCGUCUGGUGGUUAAUCAAUUGGAUCAUUUUAUCGAGAAGUUGGAGCCAUAUUUGAAAAAUCCAGAAAAAGUUUGCCAGCAUUUUCGCCUUUGUUCAAAUCGGAAAAUUGAGUAUUUCCAUCGAAUAAAUGUGAUUUACGGAAGAAAAAAUGCUGAUGAAGACUCAGCGAGUGAUUUGAUAUGUGAAGAGUGUCAAUUUGCGGCGCAGGAACUAAAACGUACGAUAGAGGAUGAAAAAAUUCAACAGCGAUUGAAACGAUUCAUUUCGGAGGAGAUUUGUAGUCAGCUGGGUAGUUUGAGAGGAAAGUGCGAUCUGUUGCUUGAAGAAUUUAUGCCGGAACUUAUGGAAGAACUUGAUAAACUUUUACAAAAUACGAAAACAUUCUGUGCAGACAUCGGUCUUUGCAAACAUUUGAUCGAGCCAUUAACUGUACCGGGAGAUAAUUUUAAUUCUCAAAAGGGAAAUAACAAUAACACAUUACGGAUGGCGAAUAGUUUUGUGAAACCCACGAAUCAACUCACAACUGGAAGCAUUUUGAGAUCAGAAAAUCUUCAAGCGUGUGAAGCAUGUCGAGAUGCGCUGAGCAAAAUAAAAGCACGAUUAGUCGAUUCAGUUUUCCAAAAAGUUUUGGAAAAUAUUUUAUAUCAUAAAUUUUGUCAAAAAUUGCCCUACGAGAAAAGCCUUCUUGGACAGUUGUCUACUUGA